AUGAAAGUUACCAGCGGCGCUAUCCAAGAAGGUGUCAAUGGAAAUGAAAGUUACCAGCGGCGCUAUGCGAGUGAAAAGAAGAAUCAAAACUUAUUGGAAAUCGGGGGUAAUGCUUUGAAUACUGCCAAGGAAGGUGUCAAUGGAAAUGGAAGCUACCAGCAGCGCUAUCCAAGUCAAAAGAAGAAUCAAAACGUAGUGGAAAUCGGGGGUAAUGCUUUGAAUACUGCCAAGCAAGGUGUCAAUGGAAAUGAAAGUUACCAGCGGCGCUAUCCAAGUCAAAAGAAGAAUCAAAACUUAUUGGAAAUCGGGGGUAAUGCUUUGAAUACUGCCAAGCAAGGUGUCAAUGGAAAUGAAAGUUACCAGCGGCGCUAUGCGAGUGAAAAGAAGAAUCAAAACUCAGUGGAAAUCGGGGGUAAUGCUUUGAAUACUGCCAAGGAAGGUGUCAAUGGGAAUGGAAGCUACCAGCAGCGCUAUCCAAGUCAAAAGAAGAAUCAAAACGUAGUGGAAAUCGGGGGUAAUGCUUUGAAUACUGCCAAGCAAGGUGUCAAUGGAAAUGAAAGUUACCAGCGGCGCUAUCCAAGUCAAUUGAAGAAUCAAACUUAUUGGAAAUCGGGGCAAGGUGUCAAUGGAAAUGAAAGUUACCAGCGGCGCUAUCCAAGUCAAAAGAAGAAUCAAAACUUAUUGGAAAUCGAGGGUAAUGCUUUGAAUACGGCCCAGGAAGCUGUCAAUGGGAAUGGAAGCUACCAGCAGCGCUAUCCUAGUCAAAAGAGGAAUCAAAACGUAGUAGAAAUUGGCAGUAAUGCUUUGAAUACUGGCAAGGAAGGUAUCAAUGGAAAUGGAAGCUACCAGCGGCGCUAUGCGAGUGAAAAGAAGAAUCAAAACGUAGUGGAAAUCCGGGGUAAUGCUUUGAAUACUGCCAAGGAAGGUUUCAAUGGCAAUGAAAGUUACCAGCGGCGCUAUCCAAGUCAAAAGAAGAAUCAAAACUUAUUGGAAAUCGAGGGUAAUGCUUUGAAUACGGCCCAGGAAGCUGUCAAUGGGAAUGGAAGCUACCAGCAGCGCUAUCCUAGUCAAAAGAAGUAUUCAAAAACGGAAGGUGUCAAUGGAAAUGAAAGUUACCAGCGGCGCUAUCCAAGUCAAAAGAAGAAUCAAAACUUAUUGGAAAUCGAGGGUAAUGCUUUGAAUACUGACAACGAAGCUGGCAAUGGAAAUGAAGGCGGCAGCGUUUUCGAUGAGUUCGGCAUCAGGCGCUCCCAACGACGCUUUGCCAGCCAAAUAAAUUAUGCGCACCUAAUGGAAAGCGGCGAUAAAAAAGCUGCCAACGUAGCUGGCAAUGGCGCUCAGCGUAAGAGAGCAGCAGCAAUGGCAGCUGGCUCUGGUGAUAUUGUCGGCUCUGCUAGCAAGAAGCAGAAACGCAAGGCAGCAGUUCCUGCUGAUCUGGAAGGCAUUGAUUCAGAUGAGCCCAUUUAUUGCGAUUGCAAUCAAGUCUCAUUUGGUAAAAUGAUAGGCUGCGAAAAUGAUUUAUGCCCCAUUCAGUGGUUUCAUUUCGCAUGCGUUUCGGUUAAGAUCAAGCCAAAGGGCGAUUGGUUUUGUCCCACUUGUCGCGGCGAGCGUCCUAGUGUCAUGAAGCCCAAGGCGCUGUUUCUCAAGGAUUUGGAGCGCUACAACAAGGCGAAGGAAGAAGAGCAGGCUUAAGCAAAAAAGAAAAUUCACAAUGAUAUUUACAAUUUAUGUUUCCCUAUUUAUC